ACUUGUUGCUCUUCCAAUCCCAGGAAGCGUCAGUCGCAUGGAUCCAUCGCAACUAGAGACAUGGAGCACAACGUUACUUUUGAUCCAGAAACAAACUGCAGCAAAGUCAGCAGUGUGUAGUGUCUGUAAAUAUAUGAUAAUAUUGUAGUGAGCUGACCUGGAGGGCGGAAUCACACAGGAGAGAAUCCUAGUUGGACUGCUAAUGUGCGUCUGUUGGCUAACGAUCCGUUGACGAUGAACUCCUUGACUUGCAGCAUUCACGCAUUUUCCCAGAGGUCAACAGGAGACUCAUUUCUCUGACUAAGUGAAUACCUCUGUCUAGAAGACGUGUGAAUCAUGCCCCUGCCAUUUGGCUUGAAAUUGAAAAGGACCCGACGGUAUACUGUGUCAAGCAAGAGCUGCCUCGUCACCCGGAUUCAGCAGCUCAAUGGGGAGUUUGUUGAGUUUACACUCUCGGUGGAGAGCACUGGGCAGGAAUGUUUGGAGGCAGUUGCCCAGAGACUCGAGUUGAGGGAGAUAACCUACUUCAGCUUGUGGUACUUCAACAAGCAGAACCAGCAGAGAUGGAUUGACUUGGAGAAGCCGCUGAAAAAGCAGCUGGAUAAGUAUGGGCUGGAGCCCACUGUUUACUUUGGAGUCGUGUUUUACAUACCCAGUGUUACCCAACUGCAACAGGAGAUCACAAGAUAUCAGUAUUAUCUUCAGCUGAAGAAGGACGUUUUAGAGGGCAAGAUCUCAUACUCCUUAGACCAAGCUAUACAUUUAGCCAGCCUGGCAGUGCAAGCGGACUUUGGAGACUUCAAUCGACUGGACUCUCUUGACUUCCUACAGAAGUUAUUGUUAUUUCCUAUCGACUGGAUCCAGGAUGAGCGGGUACUGGAAGAAGCCAUUCAACAAGUGGCUCACCAAUAUCAGUCUCUCAGGGGUUUAUCACCCCCAGAGGCAGAGAUGCUGUACAUGCAGGAGGUGGAGAAAAUGGAAGGGUAUGGCCAGGAAAGCUAUCAAGCCAAGGACAGCACGGGCACAGAUGUUACCCUAGGAUCCUGUCUCGACGGCAUCUUUGUCAAGCACAAAAAUGCGAGGCCACUUCUUUUAUUCAGGUGGAAUGAAAUUACCAACAUGAGUCACAACAGGUCUUUCUUUGCCCUGGAGCUAGCCAACAGGGAGGAGAGUGUUCAGUUCCAGACAGAAGACAUGGAAACCUCCAAAUACGUGUGCCGGAUGUGUCUGGCCAGACUCAAGUUUUAUAAGAUUAACAAGAGUAGCCUAGAGGAGUGUGACCCCCUGCCUUCUGAUGGCUCCCAGAAGUCUCUUCUUAGUCUGUCUUUUCCUCGUUUUCCAAUGCUCUCUCGUCCCUCUCUGCCUGCUAGUAAGGGCCAAACCCAGCCCACAGUUGUCAACCCUGUCAGAAGAAGAUCCUCUACCAGAAUAUCUCUGCCAAAGCCUUCAGCCUACAUGAUGACCCCCCCACAGAUGCACUACAAUGGCCAUUUCACAGAGCCAUACACGUCAUCACAGGACAACCUGUACAUGAACAGUCAGAACGGCUAUUACUACCAUUCCCAGACCAGCUUGGACUGCUCUCCUAUGGAAUACAAUAGUGGAGGGCGUUUACGGAAUGGCAGCGUGUACAGCGCCCACAGCACCAGCUCUCUAACCAAUCCCCAGCACUAUCUUCAGCCUUCACCAAUGUCUUCCAACCCCUCCAUCACUAGUGACAUCACCAGACCUGACUACAUCCCGUCGCAUCGCCACAGCGCUCUCAUCCCACCUUCCUACCGCGCCACUCCUGAUUAUGAGACAGUGAUGCGACAGAAAAACAGAGGCAUGGGAGGAGGGAUGAUUUUAUCUCAGGAGCACCGCCAGAGCCACUCCAUGAGGAAUCUGAACAUUGGAAGCUCGUAUGCUUACAGCAGACCAGACCCUCUAGUUUACAGCCAGCCAGAGAUCAGAGGGGAGCAUGGUGGAACAACUCAACACCACCACUAUCCCUUUCAUCUGGGCUCCAGUUUCCACAGCCCCUCCCAAUACCCCUAUCCUACUGAGAGAAGACCUGUGGUGGGGGCAGUUAGUGUCCCUGAGCUCACUAAUGUACAGUUACAACAAGCCCAGGAGUAUCCAGCUCCUAACAUCAUGAGAACAAAGGUUUAUCGACCGCCUCCACCAUACCCGUACGCCCAUCCUCGGCCAGCAAACAGCACACCGGACUUGUCACGCCACCUUUAUGUCAGCAGUAGCAACCCGGAUCUGGUCAUCAUGCGGCGCGUGCAUCAUUCAGUCCAGACCUUCCAGGAGGACAGCCUGCCGGUUGCUCAUUCCUUACAAGAGGUGUCAGAGCCUCUUUUCAGUGCUCCCCCAUACAGACAGCCAUACCACGCUCAGAAGCGUAACUCCAUUGAGAUUGCUGGACUGGCUCACAGUCUGGAAGCGAUGAGGGUCCAAGAGCGCACCAUGUCGUCCUCAGCUGCUGAAACCGCCACACCCCCUCCAACGGUGUGUGGGGGUCGCUCUCAGGGCUCCCAGCUUAACGUGUUUUUGGAGCAGACAAAGUCAGAGGACAAAGGGGACAUCAAGGAGGAUGUGCAGUAUGGACAUAAAAAGUCCCUCUCAGAUGCUACGAUGCUGGUUCACAGCAGUGGUGAAGAAGAGGAGUUUGAGGAUGAUGGGCGUCACACUCCACUCUCUCAGGAUGCGGUUGCAGCCAUUGUUUCUGAGCAUCCACCGCAACAGCAUCACAGCCUGACAUCCCUCUCCUCCCUGACCCCCCAGCUGCAGACUCCUGUAGAGCCUCCUCCCGCAUAUCCUAUCGGCUCCUCCUUCGAUCCGUCCAUAAUGAGCUCCUUGGCCUACAAGGUUCACCCCCUGAUCCAGGAGACUGAGCCUCUGUAUCGGCUGUCAGAUUUGCGACAGCCCAGGAUUAUGCCCUCCGUGUCGGAGGGAGACCUGAGCAGCGAGGCCAAGCAGAAGAUCAAAACAGACUUCAGGAAGAGGCCUGUGUCUGAUGUGCCUCCUGCAAAAAAAACAGUCGAAGGGCUGCCGCCUGCGGGAAUGAAAAAGGGAUCAAGGUCAGAGGUAAAGAAAAUGGGCCCUCUGAAAGUGGCCAAGCUCAAUGGCCUGUCCGUGUCCAGACAGCCGGUCCCAGACAAGGUGAAGGAUGAGCCUAAACACGCGUCUAAUGACGAACAGUGUAAAGUGCUGGAACAACACAUGGAGAUGGGAGAGCUGUUAAAGGAGUACGAGAACAUCCCCAAGCGUCCAGGAGGAGAAUGCACCAUUGCCCAGCUGCCGGAGAGCGCGGACAAAAACCGCUUCCAAGACGUCCUGCCGUAUGACAAGAAUAGAGUGGAGCUGGUUCCCACCAAAGAGAACAACACGGGAUACAUCAAUGCAUCUCAUAUUAGGUUAACGGUAUCUGGAGAGGAGUGGAACUACAUCGCCACACAAGGUCCAAUGUCAAACACGUGUCAGGACUUCUGGCAGAUGGUGUGGGAGCAGGGUGUCUCCAUCAUCGCUAUGGUCACUGCGGAAGAGGAGGGUAAUAGAGAGAAGAGCUACCGGUACUGGCCCCGACUAGGAUCACGACACAACACCGUGACUUAUGGCCGCUUCAAAAUCACCACACGGUUCCGCACAGGGUCGGGCUGCUACGCCACCACAGGCCUAAAGAUCAAACACCUCCUGACGGGACAGGAGAGGACAGUCUGGCAUCUGCAGUACACAGACUGGCCUGACCACAGCUGUCCAGAAGACUUUAAAGGCUUCCUCACUUACCUGGAGGAAAUUCAGUCUGUGAGGAGACACACCAACAGCGACCCCAACCUACCUGUGCUCAUCCACUGCAGUGCUGGCGUGGGACGGACAGGAGUGGUCAUUCUGUGUGAGAUCAUAAUAGCCUGCCUAGAGCACAAUGAGCCGCUGGACAUCCCAGGAGUCCUAACGGAUCUACGUAAUCAGAGGAUGAUCCUGGUUCAGACUUUGUCUCAGUACAGCUUCGUCUACAAGGUCCUCAUCGAGUACAUCCGCAACUCCAGGCUGAUCUGACCACUGUCACCUGUCCAGCCGCCUUUUUCCUCCAACAUUCACUGUAAUGGCAGGUGAUGGUUGGAGUUUGCAGCACUGAGGUCACAGCUGUAGAAAUGUGUAAAUGUAGCACUGGAUCCUGUAUCCAUUCAGACAAGGCUAAAGGAAUGAUGUGAGUAUACAAGACACAAUGCUGCAUGAAGGAGCAUUAAGACUUAUGCCUACAUACAAACAGUAUUUUUGUAUAUAUACACUUUUUUUUUACAGACAUUGCUUAAAACUCAGCACUUUUAUGGACUGUUGCUGUAAUAAACAACCAAUAUUAAGCUACAUAAAUAUAUUUUUAUUAGAUAUGCAUUGAAAAGAGUUGAUUUUAUUGUCCUUAAUGAAACAUGCUUUGGAUUGCUGUUGAUGCUCUUUUCAUAGCAAUGAAUUAAACAGAAGCUCUCAGUAAUAAUAUGAAGGUGUUGCCUCAGAGCCGAGUUUAGACGAGAUGAUGGACUGAACUCAAACACUGGAUUGAUUGGCAGUAGGUAAUUUAACACAUGAAGAAUGGAAGAGCAGGAAUUUGGGGUGAAAUGUAAAACUCUAUUUUUUUAUGAUAGAUGCAGAUUGCUGUUUUGCAAGAACAAUUUAUUUUAUAUUCUAUUGUGCCUAAAUAUCUGCGUGGCAAAGAUGAAGGCUUCUGUAGUUUUGCAUAAUAUGAAAGAAAUUUGAUUUGUUAAUGCCAACCACCAAACAUCGCAGUCUAUUAAUUGUGCAGUGAUGGCUUUUUUUCUUCACUGUUGCUGGCUGUGUUGUUGAGUAAUCAUGUGAAACAGCCAAGUUUCCAUUUAUUUCUAACAUUGUUUGUGAAUUUGUUUGCACAAACGUUUCUUAGGGACCAGGAACCUUUUCAGACACUCUUCCUCUGCCUGCAUUUACACUUGAAGAACCACAGUCUUAAUUUAGUUUCAGGGCCACAGUUGUAGUCCCUGGUUGGAGCUUAGUACUCUACGAAGGUCCCAGUAUUAUUCAUUUGUUUAAUUUAUAUUUGGGAUGCUAAAACAGCUCCCUCCUAGUCCUCUAACCCAUGGAGAAGAAAAGUAUGUUCCAUUCCACCAGAAUGUUGUUCUGGUGGAAUGGCACCUAUAAUGAACUACAUGGGCACAACCGAUUCUUGCUGUAAAUAUAGUUAUUUAAAGUUGAGUGGAUUGAAACAACGACAGUGCUUUAAAACAAUUGCAGUUUACAUGAUAUCGAAUAUCUUUUUGCACAGGCAAUAACUUGACAGGACACUGGGGCUUAGUUUGGAGACUUCAAAGAGUGAUGUUGGUGGCCAAGGUGUAACUGUGUCAACAAUGUAAUGGUCUGCUUUAAUCAGUAUUGGAUGGAAACUGUAUCAAAUGGAAGAGAGUUGCCAUUGGAAAAGUGUAGAAAUACUUAAAGCCCAGAAUAAAUAUUUGGAAGUAAA